UCGAGUCGUAAAUUCGGCCAGGUCAUAAAUAUUCGGCCACCCACUUAAAAGCUUUUUUUGGAGCUAGAUGCUUGAGAACGAAUCUGUUUCAUCACCAGCGCUUGCGAUAGCAACAAAGUCUGCAAAAUCAUCAAGUUGAGGUGAGUAGAAAAAUAGUUGUCCUUACCUAAAGUUGUUUACUUUAAACAGCAAAUAUUUUGUCUCGCGGGUCGCGUGACGUCAUCGCACGCGCUCGAUUAUACUGAGGCCCGGCAAGGGUUAAUUCAAAUCUAAACUCUAUAAACUAUUUGCAGACGAUAUUGAUUAGAGAUAAAUAUUAACAGUUUUCACUCAUUAAACUUGUUAUUGAAUUAAGUCCGUGUAAUUUUAAACGCGAAAUCUCAUUUUCCUUUCCAAUUUGGUUGCCAUUUCAGCUAUCGUCACGCUGUCAUUUUUUUCAAUUUAGGGGAGGUAAAUCUGUUGUAUAAGCAAUAUGUGAAUAUAUCUAGUUGCUGCCCUUCCAUUGUUAGGCUCUAUAUUUUUAUUCAGAAUGCCUUACCAUUACCGAACAUAUGACACUGAAUCACUGCAGAUGGCUGCGGCGGCAGUACAAAGAAAGCUCAUGUCUGCCAGAAAAGCAGCUGUAGAGUUUAGGGUGCCUCGGUCAACACUACAAGACCAUGUACGAUUUUCAGUGACGCAAAAGGAAGGGCCAGUUUGUCGUCAGCCAGGUCGAAAACGAGAUUUGAGUGCGGAUGAGGAGACGUCACUGGCUGAGUACCUUCGAUAUAUGGCCAGUCAAGGGCUCCCAGCAACCAGGGAAGUUCUGCGGCAAAAGGUCGUAGAUAUCAUACUGUUGUCAGGUGGCAAAUCGAGAAUAAAUACUGAGAGAGGCCCAACUGACAGAUGGAUUCGGCAGUUUCUAGAGAGACACGGUCUCUAAGACAGACUUGCUGAGAACAUAAGCAAGGCCAGGGCGUCUAUGUCAACACCUGCAGUAGUUGAUGAGUUUUUUGAAUUCUUCAGAGAAGUAAUGACGCAGUAUGAUCUCCUGGACAAGCCUGAAAGGAUAUUCAACUGUGACGAAACUGGCUGGACCGGGAAAGAGAAAUCAGCCAAGAAGGUGAUCGGUCCUAAGGGUGGUCAUCUGUGCAGGGGUCAGAAUACUCCCGGAAGCCACAUCACAGCACAUGUCUGUGUUUGCGCAUCCGGCAGGUUCUUGCCAACACUCGUUGUUUA